ACACACAAAUUUAUAAAUAAAAUGUUAUGUUAUUAGUUUAAUAAUUAUCUACAAUGAUUGUUAGUAUAUUGAUCGCGUUAGUAUGUAUAUGUUUGGCGUAUGUGCUCCUGUGUCGGUGGUACUUCCCAGUGAAUGAUCAAGUGGCGACAUUCCCAGGGAAAUGGCCGCUCAUUGGUCAUGCGUACAAAUUCUAUUCCUCUGUAGGGACAUUUCAAAAUAUGAUGGCGUUUGGGGAGUAUUCGGUGAAAAUUGAAGAUAUCGUACGGUUUAAUGUGGGACCUAUGCCUGUAUACGUUGUGACAGACCCUGAAGAUGUCUCUACAAUCCUCAACAAAUGUUUGGACAAACUGUUUGUGUACAAAUUUGCAAAACCACUGUUGGGCGACAAAUUAAUAAUUGGUGAAGUUCCUGUAUGGAAGCGAAAUCGAAAAAUUUUAGAUCUUUGCUUCAAGCAACACAUAUUGGACGACUACCUCCAACUGUUCAAAGAACGCGCUGAGCGGUUUGUUGAGACGCUCGCGGAAGACGUUGGUCAAGGUGAAGUGGACCUCAUCCACAAAAUCACAAGGAGUGUUUUAGAAACAUCAUGCCUAACUACAUUGGGAGUAAAUCUUGAUGGCAAGGAUGAAAUUAACGAUAACUACGCCAGGGCACUUAAUGAGAGUUUCAAUAUUCUCUCUGACAGAAUCUACAAACCUUGGUUCAUGAUUAAUCCAAUCUUCAACUUAUCCAACAGAAAAAAGAGGUUAGACAAGUUACUCGAAGCAGUGGCUAGCUAUACCAAGGAUAUAGUGCAUCAAAGAAUGAAGGAAUAUUUACAGCCUUUGCAAGAGAAAGAGAACUUCAGUUAUAAAGGUGGCAGCCAAGUAAGCGUCUUAGACGUAAUGUUAGGGAACUCUGUUACCGAUUUUAUCUUCACUGAUAUUGAGCUUAGACAAAUUAUGGACACUGUGCUGGUCGGUGCUUUCGAUACCACUAUCCACCAGAUGCUAUACGUUUUGAUCUGCAUCGCUAGCAGCCCUCAAGUACAGGACAAGAUUAUCCAGGAGAUGAAUACAGUUUUGGGUAAAGAUGGACAGCUUGAAAAGGAUAAUCUGUCUCAAAUGGUAUAUUUGGAUGCAGUUGUCAAAGAAGUUACCAGAUUGUAUCCCAUUGUUCCAGUUAUAGGGCGAGAUGUGAAAACACCCACAAGGUUGCGUAAUGUGACGAUUCCAGCUGGUAGUUCUGUUGUUGUACAUGUAUGGAGUACAAAUAGAAACACUAAAUAUUGGGGUUCAGAUGCAGAAGAGUUUAGACCAGAAAGGUGGUUAGAUUCCACAACUGUACCAAACCAUCAAGCUGCAUAUGCUACGUUUGGGCCAGGAAAAAGAGGAUGUGUUGGUAAAUCAUAUGCGCUAAUGUAUUUGAAAGCAACAGUCGUAGCAUUAUUGCGCAAGUACAAGCUCACGGCAGAUCAUACAAAAAUGAAAUUAGAAUGUAAAAUAAUGCUUAAACCUGUGUCAGGACAUUUGAUUAAAAUUGAGAAGAGAGAUGAAGACAUACAAAUAAAGUUAUUAUUUACAAUGAUUGUUAGUAUAUUGGUCGCGUUAGUAUGUAUAUGUUUGGCGUAUGUGGUCCUGUGUCGGUGGUACUUCCCAGUGAAUGAUCAAGUGGCGACAUUCCCAGGGAAAUGGCCGCUCAUUGGUCAUGCGUACAAAUUCAUGUGUUCUGACAAUGUAUUUGAAAAUAUGAUGGCAUUUGGGGAGUAUUCCGUGAAGAUUGGAGAUGUCACGAAGUUUUAUAUAGGACCAGUGCCCUUAUACGUUGUGACAGACCCCGAGGAUGUCGCUACAGUCGCCAACAAAUGUCUGGACAAAAUAUUUGCUUGCCAGUUUAUAAAACCAAUGUUGGGUGAUGUAUUGUUUGUUGCUGAAGUUCCCGUAUGGAAACGUAGUCGAAGAGUUUUAGACCUUUGCUUCAAGCAGCACAUAUUGGACGACUACCUCCAACUGUUCAAUGAACGCGCUGAGCGGUUUGUCGAGACACUUGCUGAUGACGUUGGUCAAGGUAAAGUGGACCUUAUCCAGAAAAUCACAAGGAGUGUUCUCGAAACUUCUUGGCUUACUACUUUGGGAGUUAAUCUUGAUGGAAAGGAUGAAAUUAAUGAUAACUUCGCUAAAGCGAUAAACUGCUGUCUGGAUACUCUCUGUGACAGGGUCUACAAGCCUUGGUUCAUGUUUGACACUAUCUUCAACUUAUCCAACCACAAGAAGAUUUUGGACAAGGCACUCGAAACCGUAUUUAACUUUACUGGCAAAAUAGUGCAGCAAAGGAAGACAGAAUAUUUACAACGUUUGCAAGAGAAGGAAGACUUCAGAAGUAAAGGUAAUAAGGUUCAAAGCGUAUUAGACGUAAUUUUGGAAAACUCUGUUAAUGAAACCGAUAGCCUCUUCACUGAUGUCGAAUUGAGAAACUUUAUGGACACCGUGGUGGUAGGAGCCUUCGACACCACUAUCUACCAGAUGCUCUACGUAUUGAUCUGCAUUGGCAGCAGUUCUGAAGUACAAGAGAAGAUUAUUCAAGAGAUGAAUGAAGUUCUGGGCAAAGACCGACGUCUUCUAAGGGAUAAUCUAUCUCAACUGGUGUAUUUAGAUGCAGUUGUUAAAGAAGCUGUCAGAUUAUAUCCAGUUGGAGCAGUUAUAGGUCGUGAUGUGAAAACAGCUACAAAGUUGCGUAACGUGACCAUUCCUGCAAACAGUUCUAUUGUUGUGCAUAUAUGGCAUAUAAAUAGAAACCCAAAAUACUGGGGUCCUGAUGCGAAGGAAUUUAGGCCUGAAAGAUGGUUGGAUUCUACAACUAUACCUAGCCAUCAAGCUGCAUUUGCUACGUUUGGGCCAGGAAAAAGAGGUUGUGUAGGUAAAUCAUAUGCGCUAAUGUAUUUGAAAGCAACCGUCGUAGCAUUACUGCGCAAGUACAAGCUCACGGCAGAUCAUACAAAAAUGAAAUUGGAAUGCAAAGUAAUGAACAAACCUUUAUCGGGACAUUUGAUUCAAAUUGACAAAAGACAUUAAUGUAUUUAAAAUGACACAGUCAUAUUAGAAUGUUUCGCUGAACAAGAGAUCAGGAUUACGUGAUAAUGGUGAUAAUUAUAUAUAAAUACUUUUAAACUACACAGUGUUGGGUGAUUUUAAAAACAUAUAGUUAUUAUCACAAUGUUUCAUUCAGGAAGAGGUUUCUGCUUAAAUUAAACUAUGUUGUUAUGUUGUCUGAAUAUUAUAAUAUUUUUAUUGGUUUUGUAACUAUAUCA